AUGGCAAAUCAACCAGUCAAUGAUCUCAGUUUGAUCAGCGAAUUGAGCGAACCUGGAGAUACAUUGCACUCUUUCAAUGUAUUACACUCACAUCUACUGGGUGAUGUACUUGCACCGCGAGACAGGUUACCUGCUACGCGAUCUCCGUUGGCUUCGGAAUCCUCUAGUUCCACAUCCGUAAAGCAGGUGCGAUUUAACGAAUCAGUCACAGUGUCUGCCGCAGUCAACUGUUCAAGCUCGCUUGCACAUCCUUCCGGACAUGGAGAUUACGAUGAGACAGAUGUAACAACCGUAACUCCGCUACAUGUUGUUUCACAGUCCGAGGAUUUUCUAUCCAAAGUAUACUCGCCUCGUGUCUAUUCUAAUCCGCGGUUCCUUGAUGAUCCAUCUGUUCAAAUUACAUCCAACGAGGCCCAAUCGGCCAAUACCUCGCUUUGGCUGGAAUCAUCCAACGAGGUCAAACCUCGGUUAGUCUCACCUGGCAAAAUCCAAAACACCCUAGCACUGAGUGUGGAUGUUGAUCAGAGUUCAAAUUUCUUCCGUACUAGCGACCAUCUUCCUAGGCCUCCACCACACUACAACUCAUCCAACUCUUCUCACAAUACUGCGCUAUCUUCAGCCGAUCCUCUGGCCUUGCCUGAAUCUGUUCACUCACCGGGCAUUGAGAUCCCUGUUCCUCGAGCUUCCCGAAUUUCGUCACGCAGUUGGGAGUCUUUGUCCUCAUUAUCAUCAAUGGUUACCGAUACGCUUACGGAGACCAGCGAUGAUGGAGUGACGGAUUUGUCCAAACCGAAGGCAAACACAACUCGUCAUUUAGCCGAUCAGAUUCAUCGAUUAACUGAACGGCUUUCUUCGUAUCAUCUGGAUGAGCCAGGAAAAAAGGCGUGGCAAGAGGCAGAAAGACUGGUAAAAGAGGCCACCGUCUGCUCGAACACGCACAACCAGUUGAAUGUUUACACACCCAAUCCGAGUCUAACUGUCAACAUUCCUGAGCAAGUUUCUACGUACACCAAUUUGAUGGAUCUCUCUGUGGAUGAGUCUGAAAUCGUGCGUCAGGAGCGAGAACGAGUGGCCGAACAGCGCCGUCGAAUGGCUCAGCUUCGUAGACAAGAAGCCAAAAAGAAACCACAAAUUCCCAAACCGGACCUGUUCGAGUUUUUCGAUCCAAACCGCCAUGUGUUUCAGUCUGUCAAUCUGCACUUUAAAGGUUUGCCCACGUUCUUGCCAGUCAUUACCACGGCUUCACAAGAGAUGAUGGACGUGUUUCAUGAUCGGGCAAUGAUAGACUUUUGUCGACUGUACAUGUGA